UGAUUUUAUUAGUCUUUGACCGAUUGAAAUUUUGAAUUAAAUAUAAUGAUAUCAGUAAGUUCGAAUGAAAAUAUUACAGUUAGUUGUGUUUGGAAAGAAGUUUUCAGUCAUGAAGAGAGAAUUGUUUUGCAUCAAGGUUUUUUCAUCACAGGUUUAUUGUCAGUCUUAUUGAGCUUUUGGUUAAGUGUGACCCUUCUGUUUUCAAACCUUCGAUUUGAUAGCAGUUAUCGCAACUUGAAUAAUUUCAUAGCUGUGGGGUGUGUCAGACGUAUUGUACCGACGGUCUUGCACCUGCCGCUUGUCAGAUACAUACAAACACCUUUCAGUUUACUGUCUGAAUUUGAAACAUUCUCUUGUGAACUUUUUGCUUUCGUGGAGACGUUUUUGGCAGUGCUCGAGGUCGAAUGCCUUACGCACGUCUGUAUUGAAAGAUAUGUCGUUGCAAAAUACAUAACCAACGGUUGGCAGAUACAGAGGAACCACUAUCAUUUGUUUAUUUGUCUGUGUGUGUUCUUUGCUGAACUUUAUUCUAUUCCACCACUGUUCGGGAUUGGGAAGUAUGGAUACGAUUUCCAAUGUACUUCUUGCACCUUUGAUAUGGUGUUACCAGAAACGUGGCAGAGGUAUAUCAUCGUAGCCAUUUUUGCUCUUCGAAGCGUCAAGCCUACUAUUGUCAUGGUGAUGAUGCUUAUAUGGGCUCGUAUACUGGAGAAGAAGCUUCCUUGCUCUAUGAGGAAUCAAUGUUUUACUCGGAGUGUGACCAUAAUAACGAUGGUGAACCUGCUGUGCUGGGCACCGAUCGCACUAAUCAGAGGCAGUGUGGUCUUGUCUAACUUUAUGUAUGUGGACACGGUACCUCUGCCUUCAGGGACUUACAUCAUGUGGGCUAUGUGGAUUCAUUGGGUUGCGCCUGCUCUGACAGCGAUAGCAAUGUUCCUCGUCGACGAUCGAGUGCGGGGCAAAAUGUUCAACUGGCAUGCUACGGAUAAUGAAGUCCAAAUAGAUGAUAAGAAAGAUUGAAUUUGUUACUUACUACUUGCAGAAGAUGUAAAAGUUCUUCUGUAUAA